AACUAGGAAGGACAUUGCCCGUGUUUCCACUCUCAAAACCCCACACACCGCCUCCUUUCGCGGCGCCAUGUCUACCAGCAGUUGUAGUUUCAAGGACCGGUGCGUGUCCAUCCUGUGUUGCAAAUUCUGUAAACAAGUGCUCAGCUCUAGGGGAAUGAAGGCUGUUUUGCUGGCUGAUACUGAAAUAGACCUUUUCUCUACAGACAUCCCUCCGACCAAUGCAGUGGAUCUCAUUGGAAGUUGCUAUUUCACUGAAAUCUGCAAAUGUAAACUGAAGGACAUCGCAUGUUUAAAAUGUGGGAACAUUGUAGGUUAUCAUGUGAUUGUUCCAUGUUGUUCCUGCCUUCUUUCCUGCAACAAUGGACAUUUCUGGAUGUUUCACAGCCAGGCGGUAUACAGUAUUAACAGACUAGACUCCACUGGUAUAAACUUCCUACUUUGGGGCAACUUGCCAGAGAUAGAAGAAACUGCAGAUGAAGAUGUGCUGGAUAUGUCAGCAGAGGAGUGUAUUAGAUAACUGGAUUAUGAUAUGUAGGCUAUUCAAACUCUUUCCUAUUUAAAAUGUAUACUAAUACUCAACUUUAAAUUUGUUAGUAUUUUCCAGUACUUGCUUUAUUUGGAAAGAAAAAUUGGGCAUUUGUUGGUUUAUUCGUAUGCUUAGGUCUCAAAUUAAUGACCUAAGUUUAAUUGAGUCAAUGUGCUUCUUUUCUCCUACUUCCACUUCCUUCUCUUCCUCUUUGCACCUCUCGGUUCAGUGUAGGUGUUGUCUUAAAUUCAGAUAAGGAAAGAUUCUUUUAUAUGUUACUCAUCUACUUUCUAAGACCGGAAAAGAUUUUCUUAUAACUAAAUGCUAGGUGCUAUUAAUUUUACAUUUCUGAAUAAGUGGCAUUAGUACUGAUGUAGAUACAAACCAUGCAUAUUUAAAAGGCAUGCAUAGGUAUGCACAUUAGGUACUUGAAUUUGUCAGAAAAUUUUUGAUACAUACUGUUUACCAAUUUUAUUUAUUUACUUUCUACUAAAGUCAUAUAGGAAGUGUUUUAUGAAAGCCAGACAAAAUAAACCUUGUAUCCUCUAGGGCAUUCUCUGUAAACAAUAAAUUUUAGAUGUAUAGUAUCAGUCCUAACCCGUAAGUAAAAAAAAUAAAGAAGUGACUUAUUUAAACCAUUGUAUAUUAUAAAGAUUUUUUUUUUUAAGCUACAUUUAGAACCACACAGGAAUAGAAAACUGGUGGUAUUACUGUUGGAUUCUGUUUUUAUGUAAAGCUAGAAAUCAAUGCAUUGCCUUAGUUAAUAUCUCAGUGGUGGGCAUUUUGUCAAUAGUAAUACCAAAGCAGA